AUGAAGGGUCAUACUUUGGCCGUGUUGGCGUUUAUCAGCCAUGCUCUUGCCUCUGGGAACACCUCGUUCGUAGGCAUUCUUGGUCACAAUGGCGCCGCCUACGAACGAGCGUCCAAAUUCGUCGCCAAACUAAACACCACACAGAAGGUCUCCAUCGUGACGGGUGGGGGCGCUACUGUCGUUGGGGAGACCUUCCUCGGGAUGGAUUUCAACGACGGCUCCAUGGGCCUGCUGGAAUACUACUACGUCUCUGCCUUCAGCCAAUCUUCCGCACUAUCCAUGACAUGGGACAAGGACGCCGUUACCGCACAGGCUCGCGCCGUCGCACGGGAGUUCUAUCAGAAGGGCGUCCAAGUCGUCUGCGGUCCCACCUCGCAGCCUCUCGGCCGGACCGCAUGGGGAGGCCGCGCAGGCGAGACGUUCGGUCCGGACCCUUUCUUGUAUGGCAUUGUCACGGCGGAGACUGUCAAGGCGCAUGCGAAGGAGGGUGUGGUUUCACAGGCGAAGCAUGAAACAAACCGCACAAAUAAUAACAUCGCCGGAUACGAUUCCAUGUCUGAAAGCGAGAAACGGAAUUUCCUGGGUCCAUACUCCGCCAACACAGAUGAUAAAACCCUCCAUGAGCUGUACCUCUGGCCGUUCUAUGACGCGGUCAAGAGCGGUCUUGGGUCUGUGAUGUGCGCCAUGAAUAAAGUUAAUGGAACCAACAGCUGUGAGAACUAUAGUCUGUUGAUGAGACAUCUUAAGGGUGAUGCCCAGCAUGCGGGACUCGCCUCCGCUGCAGGAGGGUUUGGUUACGGGUCAUCGACGUAUUGGAGCGAAACUGCCAUCACUGCAAUGUUGAAGGACGAGUCGUUGUCUAUGCAGCGGUUGAACGACAUGGUCAUUCGCAAACCAGCCACGGUUUGGGGAACCGAUUAUGUGGAUCCCCGUGCGAACCAUACCAAAUUGAUUCGGGAGAUUGGAUCCAAGUCAAUUGUCUUGUUGAAGAAUGAACGCUCCGCGUUGCCGCUCCAAAGGCCCCGGCUCAUGGGCGUCUUUGGUUCAAACGCCGGGGCUGCCAUGGCCGGUCCAUAUCAUGCGUAUGACCCCAUCACGGGGCCGGGCCCGACAUAUGAUGGACAUCUGGCGACUGGAACAGGAUCAGGACAGGCGUCAUUUCCGUUGUUAGUAACGCCACUGACUGCAUUGGCCUUCCGGGCUCUGAGGGAAGGAACAAUGCUAUGCUGGAUUCUCAACGACACGUACACGUCUAGUGAGACCUCCGCUCUGGGUGCCGGGACAGGAGUCGUCCCCGGUCAUGUCAAAUACGCUCAGGACUCCGAUGUGUGCCUGGUGUUUCUCAAUGCCCUAGCGGGCGAAGGCGCCGAUCGUACAGUACUGUACAACGCGGACCAGAAUCAGAUGGUCAAGACGGUGGCGGAUAAUUGCAACAACACAAUUGUGGUGAUUAAUACCAUGGGUCCGCGGCUGAACGUCACUGCCGUGCUGUAUUCGUCUCUUCUAGGUCAGGAGUCGGGGAACUCCAUCUUGGAUGUAUCAUAUGGUGAGGUGAAUCUGAGUGCGAGAUUGACUUAUACGAUUGCAAGAAUGAUUUGUGAUACCAAGGAGUGCGACUUCACAGAAGGCGUGUACUUCGACUACCGCUACUUCGACGCUUACAACGUCACUCCCCGGUACGAAUCUGGGUAUGGUCUAUCAUACACUAACUUGACAUACGCCGAUCUGGAUGUCUCAUCUAUCGAAGCCCUUUCCGUCUACUUCAGGAAAGAAGUCUGUCGGUUGAUCAGUGGACUUAUGGGACGUUAUCGCGAACGUCACCGUCAGCGUCACGAACACCGGUGGCAGGGCGAGAUUCCGCAAUUGUACCUAUCGUAUUCCGAGAGUGCGAAGCAGCCUGUGUGCCAGCUUCGAGGCUUCGAGCGGGUGGAGCUGGCUCGCAGGGAGAAGUCGACGGUGACGUUCCCGAUCCGCAGACGGGAUGCUGUUAAGGGGGGAGAAUAUAUUUUCAGUGCUGGGGCGAGUUUGAGGGAUUUGAGGCUGUCAAGGACGGUUUCUAUUCGGACAGAGUGA